AUGUGCGACGUGCCAAACCCGAUGGCUAACCGCUCCUCAAAUAGGCCACGCGUAACAAUUUCCAUCACCUCGCCCAGCGAGACGGACCAGCCGCUCAUCACCCUCGAUUUGCCCGCCGACCUGACCCUGAGAGACCUCAAGGCUUUCAUCGAGGCCGAGAACCCAAACUGCCCCGCCGCCGCCCAGAUACUGUUCUACAACGGGAUGCCUCUGAGCAACGACAGUCAGACAUUGGAGCAGGCCGGCGUCAGGGAUAACGAGAUGAUGGCUGUGCACAUCCGGCAGCAUGGAAAUGUGCAGCCACAAUCUCGCCCUCGUCAGACGCGCCAACAGGCCGCCGGUGGAGUGCCACCGCCAGAUCCAGAGGAUGUGCGACAGCAGCUCUUGCGCAGCCCGCCCACUUUGGAACAGCUCACUAGGCAAAAGCCCGAGCUUGCUGCUCUCGUCAACGACCCUGUGCAGUGGAGAACCGCCUACAACCAGAUGCAGCGUGAGCAAGAGCAAGCCCGCCGCGAGCAGGAGCGCCAGAUCCAGCUACUGAACGAAGAUCCCUUCAACAUCGAAGCCCAGAGGAAGAUCGAGGAAAUCAUCCGCCAGGACCGGGUUAUUGAGAAUCUGCACACUGCAUACGAUCUCAAUCCGGAAGUCUUUGCCUCGGUCCACAUGCUAUACAUCAGCACGGAGGUGAACGGCGUGCCAGUGAAGGCUUUUGUCGACUCUGGUGCCCAGGCUACCAUCAUGUCCCCAAGUUGUGCCGAGAGAUGUGGCAUCAUGCGCCUUCUGGACACGCGCUAUGCUGGUAUUGCUCGUGGAGUCGGCACUGCUGCCAUUCUUGGUCGCGUGCACCAUGCCGUCAUCAAAAUUGGUGGUGUCGAUAUGCCGUGCGCUUUCACCGUCAUGGAGGGCAAAGAUGUGGAUCUUCUUUUUGGCCUCGACAUGCUCAAGAAGUACAGAGCCAAGAUUGAUUUGGAGAAGAACGCGUUGUGUUUCGCAGACACUGAAGUGCCUUUCCUGCCAGAACAUGAGAUCCCGAAGGGAUUUGGCGCAGAUGAGCCUACUGUGCCUGGUCCAGGGAAUACCGAGAUCGGGACGAAGACUGGUGCUGUGAAGCAGGCCGGUGCUGGGGAAUCGUCUGUGGCGGUUGGGGAAGCUGAGAAGCAGCCCGCAUCUCAAUCAGCGGCGCCAGCACAACCUCGACCUGCACCUGCAGCAGCGUCUUCUCCACAAUGGCCGGAGGAGCAUAUCCAGCAGCUUAUGAGCAUCACUUCGGUUCCUCGCGAAGUCGCCAUCAACGCGUUAUCGGCAGCCGGCGGAGAUCUAGACACGGCAGCCAGUAUGCUCUUUGGAAGCUAG